GACCCUGUCGCUAAAUUUCACAAGGGUUUGUCGUUGCAUGCGGAAUUUGCUCGAUCGUCUUCCUUAGGGUUUUCGAUUAAAGAAGUUUUCCUAUAAAUGGAGAAGGAAGAGAACAACUACUCGACUCCUUUCCUGCCACCUAGCUUUAACGGUCUGGAUUACACCUUAGACCACCAUCAUGAUGAAGAUCAGCAGAUGAUGAGCACCUCCCAUGUCGACCAGACUAGUUCGAGUCAUGAAAACAACAACAAUGGUAUGGUCAAUUACCUGAUGAAUGAUCAUCACCAUGAUCAGCUUCAACUUCAACAUCAACAAUCACAGCAGACGCAACAUCCUCCUCCGGCAGGGUUUGGUGGUGCUUCAACUACUUCUUUUGAUAAGCUGAGCUUCGCUGACGUGAUGCAAUUUGCGGAUUUUGGACCCAAACUAGCCUUAAACCAGACCAAGAUCUCAGAAGAAGAAUCCGGGAUUGACCCGGUUUACUUCCUCAAGUUUCCAGUCUUGAAGGACAAUAAGUUGAACGACGAUGAUGAUCAGUCUCUGAUGGCUCCGCAGCAGGAUGGACCAGACAGUCGUGAGGAAGAGAGAUUUACAAAAUCCAGGGAAGAAGAGGAAGCUCAAGGGGUUUCAGGUAGUACUAAUCUGGUGCAGCUCCGGUUCCUCGGAGAUGAUGUUCAAAACCCUAGAGGACUACCGGAGCUGCCAAAGAACAAGAGGAAACGACCAAGAAGUAUUAAGACGAGUCAGGAAGUCGAGAGCCAGCGGAUGACUCACAUAGCCGUCGAGAGGAACCGAAGGAAGCAAAUGAAUGAGCAUCUUCGUGUUCUCAGGUCCCUCAUGCCCGGUUCAUAUGUACAAAGGGGAGAUCAAGCUUCUAUCAUUGGAGGAGCCAUAGACUUUGUUAGAGAAUUGGAGCAGCUCCUGCAGUGCUUAGAAUCACAGAAGCGGAGAAGGCUUUUAGGCGAAGGGCAUCCUCCAAGACCAGUGGGAGCUGAUUCUGCUGCGGCUUCUAAUAUGGUGGUGCUACCUUCACAGCCAGAUCAUCAAGGCGGUGGUGGUGGCGUGCCGUUCUUUCCGGUGCUAAAUCCUAAUGAUCCAAACAAAAUCGUGGACUUUGAAACGGGGGUCCGCGAAGAAACUGCUGAGAGCAAGUCGUGCUUCGCAGAUGUUGAAGUAAAGGUUUUAGGUGGUGAUGCCAUGAUCAAGAUUCUUUCUCAGAGAAGACCAUGCCAGCUAAUUAAAGCCAUUGCUGCCCUUGAAGAUUUGCAGCUUAAUAUUCUUCACACCAACAUCACAACCAUCGAACAAACUGUUCUAUAUUGCUUUAAGGUUGCAAGUGAAUCGAGGUUCACGGCUGAAGAUAUAGCAAGUUCGGUUCAGCAGAUAUUCAGCUUUAUCCAUGCAAACACCGCCAGCAUGUGAUGCACUUACAUAUGAUGAAUUGAUGAUGAUGAUGAG